AGGUAUACUAGAUAUUUGGAUUCGUUUGUAUUUCACCAGUAUUUUUUUUUUUUGAAUAUAUAUGAACCAUGAUGGCAUAUCGUGGUAGAACAUUACCACCGGCACCACCACCACCACCACCAUCAUCAUCACAAUCUAGAUUAUCGAAAAUAUCAUCAAAUCGUUAUUCACAACAAUAUUAUUCAACAACUGAUUCAACAUCAUCUUCAGACAAUAAUAAUCAUAAUCAGAAUUCUAUUCGUUCUCGGUCAAUAUCAAAUAUAUCUCGAUUAUCAAAUUCAAAUCAUUCAACUGAUUCUGCACCAUCAAGAAGUAGUAGCAUUUCAAAUUCAAGUGCCAAUAUGGAUAAUGAUUCUAAUGGAACUACACCACCACAUUCAUUAUCACCAACAACAACUAGUCGUUUGUUAGAUGAAUUUGAACAAAGUAAAAUUGAAAUGUUUUAUCGUUCACAUCGUACAUUUGUUUAUGUUGGUCAAUGUUUAGUAACAUUAUUGUUUACUGAAACUGAACUAGUCGAUGGUGGUCGUCAAUCUAGGCCUAAAAGUAAAGAUUGGAAACAAAUAUGUCAUGGUGUUCCUGUAUUAUUAUUUAAUCGUGGUGAUACACGAUCACGUGAUAAACGACAGAUUCAAAUCUGUAUUGCUGAACAUGGUACCGGUUUUCAAUUAUGGACCGAUAUCAUUGAUAAUCUAUCCAAUUAUCAUGCAUUGAAACCAACAUUUCAUACAAUGUAUUUAUCGAUGGAUCAUCGAAAAAUGGCUGGAUUUCAAUUCGAAAAUCAAUUUGCAGCAUUAGAAUUUUUUCGUCAAAUUGAAAUUAUUACCGCCAAUCCAUUGAAUAUAUCGUUGACUGGGCCAAAGGCUGGAAAAAAAUCUGGCGAAAAAUUUCGUAUAUUUCGUAAACAACGAUCAAAAAGUGUUGGAAGAUCCAAUGAUAUUCAUCAUCAUCAUCAUCAUAAUGUUUCUAAUGAAUCAUCUCCAUUCUAUGAUUUACAUGAUCAAAGUAAGAAUAAUCAUUCUAAAAAUAAACGACCACCAGGUAAAACAGAUAUAUCGACACCUUGUUUAUUUCAACAUGUAACCAGCGUUAAUCUACAUAAUUUCAAUCAAUUUGAUUCAACUAUAACCGGUCAAAAUGGUGAUGAAAAUUCAAAUGCUACAACAGAAUCGGAUUUUAAUCAAAAAUUUGAAAAUUAUUCCACAAGAAUACGUUCCGAUUAUUCGACACCAUUUCCAUAUCAUCAUCAUCAUCAUCAUCAUCACCAUCAUCAUAAUCAUCGAUCAACGACAACAUCUUCGACUAGUGCCUAGUAAAGUACGGAACGUAAAUUGAAAUGAAACAAAAAACAACUUAUUCUUCAGUGCCAUUGAAGAAACAACAAUAUUUUGAAAUUUUUUGUCUGUUAAAAUUGUUAAAUUUUCAAAUAUUCU